AUGUCGUACUUUAUGACCCAUCUCCCAUCCGGCUGGCAUGUUGACCAGUCCAUCCUCGUUGAGGAAGACCGUGUUGUGUGCAUCCGCUUUGGCCACGACCACGACCCGGAGUGCAUGGCCAUGGACGAGACGCUCUACGGCGUGAGCGAAAAGGUGCAAAACUUUGCCACCAUCUACCUGGUCGACAUUACAGAAGUGCCAGACUUCACCAAGAUGUACGAGCUGUAUGACCAGUGUACGCUCAUGUUCUUUUACCGUAACAAGCACAUCAUGAUUGACCUGGGUACCGGUAACAACAACAAGAUCAACUGGGCCAUUACCGACAAGCAGGAGAUGGUCGACAUUAUCGAGACCGUCUACCGCGGAGCGUCCAAGGGUCGCGGUCUCGUCGUCGCGCCCCGCGACUACUCGACCCGUCACAAGUACUAG